UGGGGCCCAGCUGGACGGGGCGAGGGUUUGGGAACCCGGGCCUGGGGCUGUGGGAUCCACUCCUGGCGGGGUACCGAGGCCGCGGUGACCUCAGGCCGAGCUCUGCCGCGAUCUCACCCGGCCCUCUUCUCGUCCCCCGCGCCACUCGCCCUAGACUCCAAGGCCCUCUCAUCCUUCUGAGCUCUGCCCUCGGAUGUCCGACCGCCCAGAGCCUGCAUGCGCCGUGGGGCGCCCCAGGACCAGGAGCUGGUGGGUCCGGGGGCCCCUGGGCGGGGGCCCCGGGGCUCCGCUCCUUCCUCAGGACCCGUUGUCCCGGUGCUCGUCUUCCCCCCGGAUCUAGUAUUCAGGGCGGACCAAAGGAGUGGACCCCGGCAGCUGCUGACCCUCUACAACCCCACGGGAACCGCGCUUCGCUUCCGAGUUCUGUGUACAGCACCUGCCAAAUACACGGUAUUCGAUGCAGAAGGAUAUGUGAAGCCACAGUCUUGCAUUGACAUUGUGAUACGGCACGUGGCCCCCAUCCCCAGCCACUAUGAUGUCCAGGACCGAUUCCGAAUUGAGCUAUCUGAGGAGGGGGCUGAGGGACGUGUGGUUGGACGGAAAGACAUCACCUCUGUUCUUCGGGCCCCAGCGUACCCCCUGGAGCUUCAGGGACACUCUGAGCCAACACCCAGCCCAGGGCCUCCUGUGUGGACAGGACCAACCCCAGCCAGACGCCUUCAGGAGAAUGCCCCCCAGCAGCUGGCCACCAGCUCCUUCCUGCUCUUCCUGCUGACAGGCGUCAUCUCUGUGGCCUUCCUGCUGCUGCCGCUGCAGGACGACCUGGGCAGCCAGCUGCCUCAAGUCCUGCACGUGACCCUGGGACAGAAGCUGGUGGCCGCUUACGUCUUAGGCCUCCUCACCAUGGUGUUCCUCCGGACCUGAAGCCACCCCGCCCUUGAAGGCAGGGACCUGAGGCGGCCACUGUGAUGUUUGCAUCCUGCCUCUUCUCCCUCUUUUUGCCCCCCCAUCAGUUACCAUCCUGCCCCUCCCCACCGAAAACCCAGGGAUUUAUACUCAUUUUCCAAGUUGAAUAAAAUAAGUUUUAAAAAUC